AAUGAGUCUCUAAAGGACGUGCAAGUAACAUUCCAUAACAUUACUUGGAAUGAAACAGAACACGAAUCAGUAGCGGGUAUUUUUCGAUACGACCCUACUGUGAACCUGAUUUGUUCCUUCACCCCUUCUGAUGAUGACUCCCUGCUCUACCACAUUGACUGGUACGUCGAUAACGAGACUGUGAUCCAAGGACAGACCGUCGACAAGUCGUCAUUAGAUGACGCUAUUCUCUCCGCAGCGGAUAUAUACGAGGCGGGAAAAAAGAUUAAUUCGUGGAUCCAUUGCGUUGUAGGUCUUAAGAAAUCUGCUAAUAAACUACCGUGAUCUUACCAGUCCAGUUUAUUGUUUUUUGCAGGAAUUGAGAUAUUAAACCAUACCCUUACAAUUGAGAGAAUGGGGACGUCAAAAUUGCAAUUUCGUCCAACCAUUCCAUUUGCAUCUCAGACAAUACAAUUUCAAGUCGGUGAUCAAUUCGCUUCGCCUCUCUACAUACAGUUGUCAUUUCCUGGAAAUAUUCAGGCACAUUGCACCAAAAAUACGUAUGGGUCCGUUCACGAUUGUUUUCCGGCAAUAGAGAGCUUUACAUUUAACGAGAGCCAUAAGUAUGAAGAUGAAAUCAACUGGUACAAGAUAUAUGAGAUAGACGUAUUUAAUUCGGAUGGACUCGGUUAUUACAUGCAAAACAGCAAGCUCGUGUUACGACUUGAAACGAACAGUGCAAAAGGCGAAGGCGCUAGAAUAUUUUCGGAUGUUGUGUUCCAUGAUAUACACAUAAAUGUUGUAGAUAAAGAAGAAGCUUGGAAGGGAAAGCGAUGUAGUUCAUAUGCUGACCCACAUCAAAAAACAUUUGAUGGAUAUCGAUAUGAAUGUCAAGACACAGGCUGUGUCACUGGAAAGACGUAUAUAUUUUAUCGAAAUACUGACCAUUUACAAGAGGUACAAGUCCGUCACGAGAAUUGCUGGGGUAGACCUCGUUGCAUCUGCGCAGUGGCAGUUCGAUCAGGACAGGAUGUGUUCACCAUCGAUGCUUGUUAUCGGAGGCAGUAUAUCAACUUUCCUAUCUGUAACGAAAAUUCUCUAAAAGUCAUCAAAGAAACAGACAAAGUUUACAAGAUCAUACUCCCAACAGGAACGUCUGUGAAAGUUUUUCUCUACAACUACGGGAGUUCUUCCUGGUACAUAAACGUAGAAGUUUACCCCACGGUUUCUGAUGUUGAUAGAACGUCUGGACUGUGUGGAGUACUGGACAAUGAUAGGACUAAUGACCUCCGCCGACGGGACGGAACCCAGGACAAUAUAUACUCCUAUAGCUACUACAAUCCACCCGAUGAUUUCUCCCUAUCAUGGCAACUUCCAGACGGUAGCACAGAAGAUCUAUUAUCAAAAUCGCAAACAGUAUUCGAUAACUUGACACCUUUGUCUACUUAUUUUCACAAACUCUGCACUUGCGAUAAAGGGAAAACAUACUGCAGCUACAAACAAUACAGUGACUGCAAAACCAAAAGCAGAGGUCGCGAGUACCACUGUGUAUUACAUAGCAGCUCAAGGAGGAAAAAAAGAGACCUCGAGUUUUUCACACAAUUUCAUGGAAACAUUGAUGUGAAUACAGAGGAUAUCGGACGAAUGAAAAGACAGGCGUUAAAUGAAGUGGAUGCUUAUGACAUUUGUAACAAGGCGUUUCAACAGUCAACAUACUACGAGACCUGCCUCCAAAUUGUUCCCAACUUCAGCAAUGAGACUUUAGUCAACUGUAUGAACGAUCUUGUUAUGACCGGAAACCAUAAUCUUACCCAGUUACACCUGGACACUGCCCUUGGACAAUGUCAAACCUAUAUUCUGCUUAACUCUACGCUAGUGGAUGAACAUCCUGAUGUCACAUUGGUUAUUGUCAAUUUAUGUCCAAAUAACUGCAGCAACAGAGGUGUAUGUUUAUCAGGGAACUGUACCUGUGAUUAUGGGUUCGGAGGAAGCGACUGUUCCUUUGACGUGUUAUCUCCUCCAACAAUAACAAGAUUAUCCGGUGAUGGUGUUUGUGACAAAUCCUCGGAAUCUUGUGAUGAUGUCACUCUCUAUGGGCAUUAUUUUUUGGAGAACAUGGGUACAACUUGCUAUGUGACCAGGGAAGAGAUUGAUGAAAACAAUACUGUAAUAUCCCGGACCUCGUACACGGUAGAAUUACAAGAAAGGACCCUUUAUGAAGGAUUCUGUAGUCUUGAAUACGGUCCAGGAUCGACGUUUUAUACUACUUUCCAUUUUAAUAUGUCUAAUGAUGGAACUCAAUUCUCGCCUCUGUAUACUGUUUACGUAUACCAAUCUGCUUGUCAGACGUUUCAAAACAUUUCCGGAAACAUCAAAGUUACUCUUCAGAGCGGUUAUUGUUUUAUAAAUGGAACUUGUAUACAAAGUGGGACAUUAAAAAGUAACGACAGCUGUUGGCGAUGUUUGGCCUUAUCCAAUGCAUUUGACUGGACAUGGGACUGCACCAACACAGAAGCAACAUACAUGUCAACAACAAUUUCCUCUCCAGCACCGUCUUCAACAUCUUCCUCAACAAUUGGACCUCUGUCGACAUCAUCACCAACAUCAUCCAUAUCAAAAUCAACAACAUCAUCCCUAGCAACAUCACAGUCAACUAUACCGUUAUCAGGAACUUUAUCCCAAACAACAGGUUCACCUCUAUCGAUGGCACCUACCACUUCAGCCACUUUUAGUGUGCAGACCACGUCUUCAACAACACAGGAAAGUACGACAAAAAACGUUGGAUCUCAAGAGUCUGUAUCGACUUCAAAACAACCUGGUACAACUUCCUUAAACGGUAUUGUUACAUCUGCUGCUUUGUCUACAACUUCAACCCUACCAACAACGUCUACUGUGAAGGGUUUGACUUCUGGAACAACUAAGACCUUGAGUAACGCUGAUGAUGAAGCAACAAACAAACAGACAAGCCAGGUAGAAGGAUUGUCGGCGGUAGCUAUAGGUCUCAUCGUUGCAGUUGCUGUUGUAGUUGCUGUUAUUGUUGCCAUUGCUGGAUAUAUGAUCAAACAAAUGAAAACGAAUGAUGAUGAGCACAAACCUCUUGACAACUCUAUAGAAGAUAACGUGAACAUUUACCCAGACAGCAACAGAACGAUGGCUAACAGGGGUAACUUUAACCCCACUGACCUCCUGCAAUUUGACUCCCCAGCCGACAAGUUCUCGAGACCACCAUCAGCAACUUCUACGAGAUUGUUGCCUCCCCAUCAAGAUUUCAGGAAAAUGUACGAUCAAAGUCAUCUCGACAAACUAUUUGGCGCCAAAUGAUAAUAAAACUAUAAAAAAGAAAAGAAAACAUUCUUUGUAAAUUCAUGAAUAGCCAUGUAUUUCGACGACCGAAUUCAAGGAUUUUGUAGAUGGAAAUAGUUGUGAUAUGUAUAUAUCAUAUAUCAUGUUUGUUAAAGAAUUAAUAAACAAGUAAGAUUUCAAUAUAUGUACAAGCGUAUUUUUAUUUAUACUUUAAACGUUGGUUUUCUUUAUGAUGAUUAUUCAUCCUAAAAUUUUUUAUGAAAAGUUAAUACUUAAAGAAAUUCGACUAUUCUUUAAUAUUCUAUUAACCAUUUUAUUGUAUGUAAUAUCAUAUGAAGCUUUCUUUUCAAUAAAAAACAGUAACAAUAUAUUUCAUAUCUUUUUUUCAAAUUUCAAUAUACUUCUGUUAUUAUCUUUAUCAAUUUCUGAUUAUUAAUCUUAUCUGCACGUUUGUUCGUCUGUCAGACUGUCUGUUUUUUGUUACGUUUAAAUUUUUUUUGACUUCUCGUACACUAUGGAACCGAUUUUAUCAUCCUAAACAAAAAGCAAUAUUUAGUGACGGACUUUUUUAUGACCCUCGUUUGAGUCUCUUGCCAAAUCAUUGGGCCAUGAUUAAACAAACCUAAAAUGUAAACAGUUUUGCAAUGUAAAACUGAAAAGUAGAAGUAAGCCAGUCUACAAAACUUUUGCAUUUAAUUAUGCCUUCACUCUUCUCUUUGUCUCCGAUUUGGGUGAGAGUUAUUUAAUUAUAUGGAAAGAAUUUAGUUUUAGAGCAAAACUAAGACUUUAAUGCGGUACAUCAUGCAAUGGUUAAGCUAGUUUAAGUUUUAUUGUUGUUUUUGGUUGGGCAGUAUACAUUAUUGCUAUUUGGAAUUAUAUUUUAUUGAAAUUAUUUGUAAUUUUGAUCGAAUAAAAUGUUCCUUUUUUGGAUACUUAUUCGAUGAGGUUCUUUUUGUGUAUAAUAAACAAGCAUAUCUGAAACUUGACAAUGCCUUGCAAUGACAUUAAUAAAACAGAUUUCGAAUCUUUUAUAAUGAAUAAAAUUAACUAUAGAAAGAUUACUUUUACCGAUAAAAUGUACUUUGUGGAGUGGCUUUGAGAAAAUCCUAUUGCAUAAUGAUAGCUAUUCAGUGUUUAUGCAUUUUAUUUGUCUUACCAGAGAAUGCGGAAUGAAAACAGGGAAAAGAAAGGCAUUAUUAAAGUACGUUUUAAUUUAGAUACAAUUCAACAUAUGAAAUGCAUUUUAAUUUGUGUUUUGUUUUUUAUAUUUACUUUUUUAAAGUUACAUUUCAUUUACAGUUAUAUUUUGUAAAACUCUUG